AUGGAUUUAUGGACUGUGGAGCAGUUAAAAGCUGAGUUGCUCAAACGAGGGCUGGACACAAAUGGUGUUAAAGCUGUCUUAUUUGAUCGACUUAAGGAAUCGGACACAGAUUUUGCUAGCAAAAAAGGCCAGCAAUCAAAUAGUGGUCAGCAGAGCCUUAUGAAUAUUCCACGUGGUGCUGAUGGUGAUUCUUUUCGCUUUUCUGUUAGAGAUGUGGAAGGCUUAAUCUCGAAAUUUAGUGGUGACGAUACCAAAGUUGGAACGAGUUUUGGUGGUGGUAGAAGUGUAGGGAGUAGUAGCGGUGGUGUUAACGGUUCGGGAGCGUCAUCAAAAAAUAGCGGGCAAGGUUACGGUAAAAUGUCACGAGGUGCUGGUUCUCUGCAUUGCUUCAAUUGCGGUUCUUCUGAACAUCAGAGGAAAGAAUGCCGUUCUCCAACUAAGUGCUUUCGAUGUAGCGGGACAGGCCACAUGUCGAAUAACUGUCCGUCGGUGAAACCUAAAGAGACUAAUGCAUUUUCCGUAAUUAAUUUGAAACAAAUCUAUGUGAACGGGAUUCCUUUUAAAGCAUUAAUAGAUUCUGGUGCUGAAAUUACUUUAAUUCGAAAAGAUAGUUUUGUAAAGCUGGCUGAUACUGAUCUAGGUAAAGAGAAGGUAAAUUUAGUUGGUCUAGGUUCAGGAAAGCAUAGUACUCUGGGUAGUUUUGAAGCUAAUAUGAUGAUCGACAAUGUUAAGCUGAUGGGUAUUAUGCACGUAGUUCCAGACAACUUCAUUCGCGUCGAUGCAAUAAUCGGGCGUGUUGUUAUGGCACAAGCUAAGGUGGUCAUGGUUGAUGGAGAGACGACAUUUUAUGGUAAAGAAGACGGGAAUUUCAUCAUGAACAUCGAUUUAGAUGAGAAAAACGAUAUUGAAGUCCCAAUUCAAUAUGAGCCUCGAGUCAAGGAGCUCAUUUCGAGUUACACGCCGAAAGCUGUAAGUCAUUGUCCGAUUACGAUGACGAUUGCGUUGAGUGAUGAGACUCCUAUCUAUUCAACUCCACGACGUCUUCCAAUCAAUGAAGCUGAAGUUGUUAAGAAGCAGGUUGAUGAGUGGAGUAAAUCAGGAAUAAUUCGACCAUCAUGUUCACCUUUUACCAGCCGAGUCGUUGUAGUUAAAAAGAAGGGUGGUGCUUUCAGAGUAUGUAUCGACUACAGGGGAAUCAACGCUAGGACAAUAAGAGAUGGAUUUCCAAUACCACUUAUUGAGAUCGUUUUGGAUAAUUUGGAAGACGACGUGAUUUUUAUAACGCUGGACCUAAAGAACGGGUUUUUUCAUGUUCCCAUGGAAGAAGGCAGCAAAAAAUUCACUGCUUUUGCAACUGAAGACGGUGAAUGGGAAUUCAAUUUUGUUCCUUUCGGUCUGAAAAAUGGUCCCGCUGUUUUUGUGAGGUUUAUCACAGUUGUUUUUCGCAAUCUAGUAAAGCAGAAAAUAUUACGAACAUUCAUAGAUGAUCUCAUAAUAUCUGGGAAAAGUUGUGAGGUUGCUGCAGAAAAUGGGUUAGUUUUUAACUGGGCCAAAUGUAAGUUCCUUCAGCGGAAAGUUACUUUCCUUGGACACGUUGUGCAAAAUGGUACGGUAAGCCCAUCUCAAGAAAAAAUCUAUGCCGUAUCUAAAUUUCCAGAGCCGACAAAUCUAAAAAAGGUGCAAGAGUUUCUGGGGCUGACAGGCUUUUUUAGGCGGUUUAUUAAUUCCUAUUCGAUUUUGGCGAAACCCUUAACUGAUCUAACUAAGAAAAAUACCAAAUUUGUUUUUGCAGCUCCCCAACGACAAGCGAUGGCAACAUUGAAGCAAGCUUUGACCAGUAAGCCGGUACUUACCAUCUUUCGUCAAGGUGUGUACAGCGAAGUACAUACAGAUGCCAGUCAGGAAGGCAUAGGAGCGAUUCUUCUGCAACGUAGUGAAGACAACCAGCUGCAUCCUGUUUUUUACUACAGCAGGAAGAACAGCUUAUCGGAGCAGAAGUGGCAUAGUUUUGUGCUAGAGACUUACGCCGUCUACAAGGAACUAGAAAAAUUUAGAAUAUACCUGUUAGGUACCAAGUUCAAAGUUUUAACUGACUGUAUUGCGUUUCGUCAAACUGUGAAUAAAAAGGAACUCCCAAACGCUGUGAAAAGAUGGGUUUUAUACAUGCAAGAUUACGACUAUGAAGUUGAACACCGUGCUGGAUCUAGGAUGGCCCAUGUGGAUUCGCUGAGCCGUUCACCAGCUGUUUUUGCUGUACAGCAGGAGCUUUUGGUUCGCAUACAAAGAGCACAGAACGCGGACAGCUUCAUACAGGCAAUAAAAGAAGUGCUUAAGGUAAAGAAGUAUGACGAUUUUGGAAUGCGAGAGUUCUACAUUUCUCAGUUGAAGGAAAAAGUUCAAAGACGCAUCAAUAAUUGUGUCAAGUGUAUACUGGCAAAUAGGAAAGCGGGCAAGCAGGAAGGCUUUCUUAAUCAGCUGGACAAAGGGGACAAACCAUUCGAUACGUUUCAUCUCGACCACAUCGGACCGAUGGACCUAACAACAAAGCAGUAUAAAUAUAUCCUGACCAUAACUGAUGGAUUUUCGAAAUUUAUGUGGAUUUUCCCGACAAAGACGGUGUCAGCAGAGGAAACUUUGCGGAAAAUUAGAGAGCUGCAGCAACAUUUUGGAAACCCAAAGCGCUUCAUAACCGAUAAAGGGAGCGCGUUUUGUUCCAAAAGUUUUCAAGAUUUUUGCAUUGAUGAAAAUAUAGAACAUAUUGCUGUGACCACAGGCGUGCCGAGGGGAAAUGGGCAAGCUGAACGCUCGAACCGCGUAGUGAUUGAAGUUCUCAGGAGGUUAUCAGCUGAUUCACCAGAGAAAUGGUACAAGUUUGUGUCGCGAGUACAAAUUGCUAUCAACAGUACGCUGCAACGGUCGAUUCAACGCACACCAUUCGAAGUGCUGUUCGGUGUUCCAAUGAGGAAGAAGGCUGAUGUUGAAGUCUUAGAGAUGGUGAGGCUGCAGUUACUUAAGCAGCAUGAUGAUGACAGAGAAGAAAUACGCUUUGAAGUUCGACAGCAAAUUGAGAAGGUACAAGCCGAGAAUAGAAAAACAUUUAAUCGCAAAAGAAAGGAAGCGGUUGAAUAUAAUAUAGGGGAUAUUGUAGCUAUUAAAAGAACACAAUUUGGGGCGGGUAACAAACUCUUUUCUGAUUUUCUAGGUCCAUAUUCAGUGGUCUCUAAAGGCAGAGGUGGACGUUAUACAGUAAAGAAAGUCGCAGAUCAUGAAGGCCCCAACAACACUACCAUCAGUUGCGACUACAUGAAACCUUGGCGAAUUGACAGCAGACUCGAUGUUGAGAGUGACCAUUCAUCCGAGGCGGAUGAAAUGCAGGAUGGCCGGAUGUAG